UCCUCUUGUUUCUCUGUGUUUAACUGUCUGUAUCUGUGAUAGGCUGAUAGCGAAGGAACGAACAGAACGAUGGGGAAUGAACAACAUUCACCUCCACUGAUCCCCAAAUUUCUGAAUACCCACGUACAACCAUACCAUGUUUUACAUUUCUUCUUCUUUGUCAUCGGUCUUUCUAUUGGAACCAUAGCCAGUUUGUACAUCAAAAAUUUGUAUUUCAGUUUACAGGCCAACCUGUUGUUGUCCACUAGUCCUUCGUUGCAUUCAUCACAACCACCAACCCUACCUCCAAAAUGUCCACCGGGGACCCUCUCGUCAUUGUCGCUGCCAAUUUUACCUCCUCCGACCAACAGAACACAGAACGAGAGUACCGUUGCAGUGAAUGAUCAGGAAAAGCCAUCUCUCAUGCACGGUAUGGAUGACGAGGAGCUCUUUUGGAGGGCAUCCAUGGUUCCGCGGAUCCCAGUAUUCCCAUACAGUCUCACACCUAGGGUUGCUUUCAUGUUCUUAACGAAAGGUCAUUUGCCAUUAGCGCCGUUGUGGGAGAAAUUCUUCAAAGGCCACCAAGGAUUCUACAACAUAUACGUGCAUCCUCAUCCUGACUUUGUAGAUUCGACGCCAGAGGAUUCCGUUUUCUACAGAAGAAGGAUCCCCAGCAAGGCAGUGGAAUGGGGAAGAUCAACGAUGAUCGAUGCUGAGAGGCGCCUUUUAGCCAACGCCCUGCUUGAUUUCUCAAAUGAG